CUUUAAGCCUUUAACCCGUCCCCUUCCUUCCCCAUCUCCUCCUCGUGAAGCGAGGCGCGAUUCCUUCCAAAAACGGCUCCUGACAACGCGCACGGCACACACACUGUCAUCUCAUCCAUUCUCGCAGAUCUAGACAAAGCCACCUGAAUUUCUUUACAAAUCCCGGAGGGGAUCGACCCCGCACAGAAACCCACGGCGUGCGUACGUCGGCGGCCCCGUCCCGUCCCAUCCUCGUCGGGAAGAGAAGCUAGCUAGCUAGCUAGCUGCGCCGGCCAUGGGGAACAGCAUAUACAGGUUCCUGUGCGGCGUCUGCUCCGACCUCUGCUCGGCCGCGUCGGAGUCGGCAUACCAGCCGCACGGGGCGCACGCCGCCGUCGCCGCGCUCGGCCGCGACAUCCUCCAUUUCCAGCGCACCAAGCAGGUUCCGGAAGGGCUUAGCCGGCAUGUGGUCUCCUCCCAGAACGCUCAGGCCAACUGGUACAAGAAGCUGCAAGUGGCAUGGAAGAAAGCCAGGCCGGCCCCGACGACGCCGGAGGACGCGGCGCGCCUCGUCGUGCUCACACUCAAGAACCACCAGAAAGCAGACGUCGAGGGCCUCCUGGCCUUCUACGGCCUCCCGCACCCGAACGCGGCGUCAGCGGCACCACCGCCACCGUCUUCCGCGGCUCCGGCGCCGGCUCAUCACGCCGGCCCGGCGCACAAGCCCCCGGGCGUCAAGUUCGAGCUGCACACGCUGCCGGUGGACGCCAAGGCUGUGGCGGACGGCGACACGAUCACGGUGUACGUGGACACGUCUGGCGAGCCCGGCAGCGUCCCCGGCGAUAUCAAGAAGGCCGCGGCGGAGCGGACCAAGCUGCGGGCCGCCAGGAACUACCCCAAGGCCGACGCGCUGCAGAAGACCAUGGCCGAUGCCGGAUACAGGCAGGUGCCCAACGCCAAGGGGCAGGAGGUGCUCGCCAAGAAGUACAGGAUCAGGCUAAGUGGGAUCGACGCGCCGGAGAGCGCGAUGCCGUACGGGAAGGAGGCCAAGGAGGCGCUGCUGAAGAUGGUGGAAGGGAAGCCCCUGACGGUCCACGUCUACGACACGGACCGCUACGGCAGAUCCGUCGGAGAUAUCCACUGCAACGGGGUAUUCGUGCAGGAGCAAAUGCUGAAGAAAGGCUUCGCAUGGCACUACACGGCCUAUGACAAACGCCCGGAACUUGCCAAGUGGCAGAAGCAGGCGCAGGACGGCCGCAAGGGCCUGUGGGCAUCGUCGAGGCCGCAGGAGCCGUGGGAGUACCGGAAAGCCAAGCGCAACGGCACUGCAUAAUCCGCAUAUAGGCUCCAUAUGCUGUACUGUUGUGUAUUGUUUCAGUGAACAGCUGAUUGAUGCGUAGCCGGCCUGCAGACUCGUAAACCGCUGUACUACAAGUUAGGGGGUAGUAACUGGCUUAGCUAGCUAUUGCAGGGUUGUUAAAGCAGGAGGGGGCACUGAUUGGUUGGUUAUUGUUGUUGUAACUGUGGCUGUGGUGAUUGAUUUGUGCAUGUGAUUGCAUUGGCGACACUGUUGUUGUUAUUGCUGUAAAACAGAGAACUGAUUCAUAUAUAGGACAAUGUUGAGUUGAAUGCAGGUGUGUUUAUGUGUUGUUGGUGAA